AUGUGGGCCCUGGGCUUUGGCCUCGGGGCAUAUAAGGGGGGCCUGGGGCAACAGACCCCUCAUAUCACUCAGAGGUCUCUUCUCUUUCACCCAAACUCAGCCAUGGAUGUCUUCUCGCCAUCACAGGUCUACUAUGACAGAGCAUGUGCUUCCUCUCCAGACAGCCUGGAUUUCGGCCCAGGCAUGGAGCUUGCUGGCUCCGAGGAGGACGAGCACGUCAGGGUUCCAGGAGCCCCCCACCAGCCAGGACAUUGCCUCCAGUGGGCCUGUAAGGCCUGCAAGCGCAAGUCGAGCUUUGUGGAUCGCAGACGGGCUGCCACCAUGCGCGAGCGCCGGCGGCUGAAGAAGGUGAACCACGCUUUUGAGGCUUUGAGGCGUUGCACUUCGGCCAACCCCAGCCAGCGCCUGCCCAAGGUGGAGAUCCUGCGCAACGCCAUCCAGUACAUCGAGAGCCUGCAGGAGCUGCUACGAGAACAGGUGGAAAACUUUUAUGGCCUACCUGGAGAGAGCAGCUCUGAGCCUGGAAGCCCGCUGUCCAGCUGUUCUGAUGGCAUGGCUGACAGCAACAGUCCAGUGUGGCAACAGCUGAAUGCAAACUACAGCAACAGCUAUUCAUAUGCAAAGAACAAUAACAUGGAUGAUAAGGCAGCUGGAGCGUCCAGUCUGGAGUGCCUGUCCAGUAUCGUGGACCGCCUGUCCUCGGUGGAGUCCAGCAGCUGUGGGCCGGCUGGCCUUAGAAACACAUCCAGCUUCUCCCCCGGCAGCUCUGACUCACAGCCCUGCACACCGGAGAGCCCCGGAUCCAGGCCCGUCUACCACGUCCUGUGA